AUGGUCCGCCAGUUCAAGUACCACGAGCAGAAACUCCUCAAGAAAGUCGACUUUCUCAACUGGAAGCAGGAUGCCAACCUCCGCGAGGUCAAGGUCAUGCGCAGAUACCACGUCCAGGACCGCGACGACUACCACAAAUACAACAAGCUCUGCGGCUCGCUCCGCGCCUUCGCGCACCGCCUCGCCCUCCUCCCCGCACAGGAUCCCUUCCGCGCCCGCAUGGAGGGCCAGCUGCUCUCCAAGCUCUACGACAUCGGCGUGCUCAACUCCGCCGCGAAGCUCAGCGACGUCGACGCCAAGCUCACCGUCGCCGCCUUCUGCCGCCGCCGCCUCGCCGUCGUCGUCUGCCGCGCCAAGAUGGCCGAGACCGUCUCUGCGGCCGUCAAGUUCAUCGAGCAGGGCCACGUCCGUGUCGGCCCAGACACGAUCACCGACCCGGCGUACCUGGUGACGCGGCACAUGGAGGACUUUGUCACCUGGGUCGACCAGUCCAAGCUGAAGAGGACCAUCAUGAGAUACAACGAUGAGCUGGACGACUACGACCUGCUCUGA